AUGCCGCAGUCCCUACUCCUGCGACAACUGCGCGCGGUUCUGGAUAAGAAUGAGAGCGUUUCCCUGACUCAAUUACUGACGACUGUAGACGAUCUCGUGCUCGCAACUUCUGCGGAUUCUGAAAACACGAAUGACUCUGAUCUCGACGAUGAACUCCAAACUAUCCACGACGAAUGCGCGGACCACUCUCCUUAUCACCUAGAGGUCUUCCUGGCGGUGCUCUUCCAUCUAUGUCCUAUCACCCCACCAAUCUCGAUCAUAUCGUCUUGGUUUGACCUCGUAUUACGACCUGCUCUACGCGAACCGAAGCUACCUAAAGUAGCCGUCAAGCAUGCAAAGGAACUAAUAAUACAUGCACUACAACAACCAGAUCCCGAUACCUCUAGUGACGAUGGAUCACGAGCGGGAAAGAAGGCGAUGCCUAGCGAGUUGCGGAGGAGGCUGAUGGACCUGUAUCUACUCGACGCGUUUAAUGAAGGUUCGGGGGGUGAUAUACUCGAAUGGGCUGAGUUGGAUCAAGAGCAAAAGGAGUCACGCGCGUGUUGGAAAGCCAACUUGGAAGAUAUCCUACUGAAAUACGGAGCAGAGCACCCACAGGCGAGUGACUUCCUGCUAUCGACGAACUUUAGGCAGGACCUCAUGACUGAAGUGUACAUGCACUUCUCGGCACCCUCCGCACGACUACAAUUACUUAUGUUCCUCAAUCUUUAUACCUCUGAGCCACCAUUUCAGCAAUCUGCAAGUAUCCUUGCUCCUCAUCCCCUCAUGACCAGUUUAUUAUCCUGUCUAUUAUUGGAUAAAUCCUCGACGGUCUGCAAUAUUGCCCUCACGCUGAUCGUCAAAAUCCUCCCCAUUUUCGCGGUACAUGCAAACGACGAACUGGAGAACAUGCUACCGAGCCUCUUCGCCAUCCUUGCCAGAAUGAUGUGUUGGAAGGAAAGGCCACCAUCCACGCACCUCGAUGAUCCCGACGACGAUUAUAGUGCGGACGCGGAAGUACUAGAGCCCAGCAUGGAGGAUUCUCUGCAGCUUCGAGCUGACCACGCAUGGCAGCGGCUGGAGCUAUCUUUUGAAUCCACUUCAUCAUCCCCUCCUUCCCCUCGACAAUUCUUCACCAUGCUGUAUUACCUUUUCCCAUGUAAUGUCCUUCUAUUCCUUAGGAAGCCUGUGGGGCAUCUUACCGCAAACAACCUCGUCUGUCCGUACACCGCCAACUGGGAAGACGUUCUAGACGAGAACAAGAUCAGAAGUAAAAGCGAGAGUCUCCUUCGCAGUCAUGCGUGCCAUCCGUCUAUCGUGUGGCAGGAUGCUGCAGCGGAAAUGGCUGAGCCUAACUUCUGGUCCCAACAUGACGUUGCGGGCAUCGUCAGCGAGGCGAGCUUGCUUGAUUUACGGAAUGCCACGGUUAGCCUGCGUGCUCGUGUAGACGCCACUGCAUCAGAAACGGUCUCGACAACCCACGGCUCUGAAGCCUCGGAAGAGGGUAUAUCCGAUGAUUUCCAUAUAACGAGGGAAUCCGAGAGGCAGACGGUGAUAUCAUUGGAAGACAUGAUUUCCACCUCCGUCGCUCUCAGAUACGAUGCAAAUGUCGAAAUACUGGCGCCGACCUCGGCAUGGACGAGACGACUAUUCCAUCGCACCGAUACGCCCCGCGAUGUUCGCAGCUCACCCCCACAGCAGUCACUACCCGAGGACCAAUCCUCCCAUGUUCCUGAGGCCAUCUCUGCGUUGCAGAGGGAAGUGCUACUACUACGAAACGAACUCAACCUCGAGCAGUGGCUGUCUCGGGAAAAUGCCAAACAUAUUGGUAGGUUGUAUCAUGAUCGUGUGCUAUCAAAGAACGCCGAGGCAGAGCGGCAGGGCCUGUUCAACAAACUCAGAAAAUACAGGGCUCAGGUAGUCCGUCUAGAGGCCGAACUCAAGGAGCAUAAGGCACAGGCGUCUUCAGCCAAGAACAAAUACGCUGAUUGGAAUACCGAACUCCAGAGCAAGCUGCGCGAACUUAGGGAAGAGAAGAAGUCGUGGAUAACUGAGGCCGCAGCUUUACGGACUGCGGAGAAUCAAGCAAAGACAUUAUUCCAAGCGCAGGAGAGCUUACUCAGUGAUGCUAAAGACCAAGUUUUCAAGCUCAAAACACAAAUAACGGAGAACCAACAUAAAAUCGACCGUCUCCGGGAUUACGAAAAGCAGAUCGAGCAGCACAUUAGGAUGCAGAGACUGUGGGAGGAAGAUUUCCAGAAAUUUAACGACCGUGGCGAACAAAUUGAACUCAUGAGAAACGGGUGGAAGCAGAUGGAAUUGCGUUUAGAAAGCUACCAACAGGCGGCGAUACAGUCUGAAGGAACCAUCAGAAUACAGCAGGCAGAAAUCGAUGAGUUACGUGCACAGUUGGAUCAGCCGCAGCCGCCUACAUCACGGUUCAAUUUGGGCGAAGAGCAGUUAAAGCAGUUCACUGAAGAGAAGCAGCGGUUGAUCUCGACGAAUACGAGGUUGAGAGAUGAUAACUCUGAGAUGAGGGAAGAGAUAGAGGAGCUGCGGGCGAUGGUGGAGUUGCUCAAGGGUCAGGUCUCUGGUAGUCGGGAUAUAACUUACUUCAAGUUGGAUGAUCACCGAAACUUCCAGAACGAUACUGCUAGAAUUUAUAAAGGCGCGCAAGGGCGAUGGUAUCUUCACCGUUUCUUUCAUCUUUGUUACUUCCAUUACCUCCACCUCCUCCCCAUCGCAAACCCCACCAACAACAUGUCGACAGAAAGCUUCGGAUUCCAAGCUGAGAUCAGCCAGCUUUUGGACUUGAUCAUCAACACUUUCUACUCCAACAAGGAGAUCUUCCUUCGCGAGCUGAUCUCUAACUGCUCUGAUGCUCUCGACAAAAUCCGUUACGCGUCGCUGACGGACCCGUCUGUCCUCGAGACUGGCCGGGAUCUAUACAUCCGCAUCGUCCCCGACAAGGAGAACAAAGUACUCUCCAUCCGUGACACCGGUAUCGGUAUGACCAAGGCCGACUUGGUUAACAACCUGGGCACGAUCGCCAAGUCUGGCACAAAAGGCUUCAUGGAGGCUCUCAACUCCGGUGCCGAUAUUUCUAUGAUCGGUCAAUUCGGUGUCGGUUUCUACUCUGCGUACCUCGUCGCCGAGCGAGUGCAGGUCAUCACAAAACACAACGACGACGAACAGUACAUCUGGGAGUCUGCCGCCGGUGGCACCUUCACCAUCACCCUCGACACCGUCAACCCACCUCUCGGACGUGGUACCGAGAUGCGUCUCUUCCUCAAGGAAGAUCAGGUCGAAUACCUCGAGGAGAAGAAGAUCAAGGACAUCGUCAAGAAGCACUCCGAAUUCAUCUCCUACCCCAUCCAGCUCGCAGUGACCAAGGAGGUCGAGAAGGAGGUUGAAGACGACGAGGAAGUCGCGGAAGAGGAGGACGCUGAGAAGCCCAAGAUCGAAGAAGUCGAAGACGAUGACGACAAGCCAAAGGAGAAGAAGACGAAGAAGAUCAAGCAGCAGGAGACCACCAACGAAGAGUUGAACAAGACGAAGCCCAUUUGGACGCGUAACCCCCAGGACAUCACGAACGAGGAAUACGCCGCCUUCUACAAGAGUCUUACCAACGACUGGGAGGACCACCUUGGCGUCAAGCACUUCUCGGUUGAGGGUCAGCUUGAGUUCAAGGCUAUCCUCUUCAUCCCUAAGCGUGCACCUUUCGAUCUCUUCGAGUCAAAGAAGAAGCGCAACAACAUCAAGCUCUAUGUCCGCCGUGUCUUCAUCAUGGACGACUGCGAGGAACUCAUUCCCGAGUACCUCAACUUCGUCAAGGGUAUCGUCGACUCUGAAGAUCUCCCUCUCAACAUCUCCCGUGAGACCCUCCAACAAAACAAGAUUCUCAAAGUCAUCCGCAAGAACAUCGUCAAGAAGUGCCUCGACCUGAUCUCCGAGAUCGCUGAGGACAAGGACAACUUCAAGAAGUUCUACGAGUCCUUUGGCAAGAACUUGAAGCUCGGUAUCCACGAAGACGCCCAGAACCGAAGCAAGCUCGCUGAAUUCCUCCGAUUCUACUCCACGAAGUCCUCCGAUGAGCAGAUCUCCUUGAAAGACUACAUCACACGCAUGCCCGAGGUACAGAAGACGAUCUACUAUCUCACCGGUGAAUCGCUCGCCGCUGUCCGUGACUCGCCCUUCCUCGAGGUCCUCAAGCAGAAGGGCUUCGAAGUCCUGCUCCUUGUCGAUCCCAUUGACGAAUACGCCAUCACACAGCUCAAGGAGUUCGAGGGCAAGAAGCUCGUCUGUGUCUCGAAGGAAGGGCUCGAGCUCGAGGAGACUGAUGAGGAGAAGGCGGCCCGUGACGCCGAAACCGCUGCUUUCAGCGACCUCUGUGCUGCUGUCAAGGAAGCUCUCGGCGACAAGGUAGAGAAGGUCGUCGUUUCCAACCGUAUCACCGACUCCCCUUGUGUCCUCGUUACUGGCCAAUUCGGUUGGUCGUCGAACAUGGAACGUAUCAUGAAAGCGCAAGCCCUCCGUGACUCGUCAAUGUCCUCGUACAUGGCUUCGAAGAAGACGCUUGAACUUAACCCCAAGAACCCCAUCAUCAAGGAAUUGAAGCGCAAGGUUGCUGAGGACAAGGCCGACAAGUCUGUCCGCGACUUGACCUACCUGCUCUUCGAAACCUCUCUCCUCACUUCUGGCUUCUCGCUCGAGGACCCAACAUCGUUCGCCAAGCGCAUCAACCGUAUGAUUUCGUUGGGUCUUGAUGUCGACGAGGAGGAGUCAGAACCAGCGCCUGCUGCUGAGGCUCCUGCUGCCUCAGAAGCUGCCGCAACGUCUGCCAUGGAGGAGAUCGACUAA